AUGGGUGGGUGUGGGUGCAAUGUCCAGAAGGAGCUUAAGGCCGGUGGGUCCCUAUCACCCACCUUCUGCCCACACCUGUUGCUGUCCCGACGAGUCAUCAUGCCUCUCGGUCUGAUGAGCGAGCUCUCCAAGCUCGGAGAAGACCAUCAGGACCCAAGAGAGAACCCGGGCCUGCUGGAGGCACAGUAUUUUUGGGAUGAAGACGACGAGGAGGAGGAGGAGGUGGAUGCGGCUGCGGUACCAAGUCCUCCCCAGAGCCCUGAGGGUGUCUGCCUCAUGCCCGCUGCCAUGGGGUCCCCUCCCUGGAGCCAAUCUGAAGAUGAGGGCUCCAGCAGCCAAGAUGAAGGGGGUCCGAGCAGCAGCGAAGACUCAGAAGAUGCCGAGUCCUUGCUCCAAGACGCCCUCCGUUUGAAGAUGAUCGACCUGGUGGUCUUCCUGCUCCUGAAGUAUCGCGAAAAGGAGCCAACCACAAAGGCGGAAAUGCUGAGCAGUGUCAUCAAAGAGUACCAGGACCACUUCCCUGAGAUCUUCAGCCUCGCUUCUGAGUGCCUGCAGCUGGUCUUUGGUGUUGAUGUGAAGGAAGUGGACCCCAGCAACCACUGCUAUGUCCUGGAUACCACCCUGGGCCUCACCUACGACGAGAUGGGAAACGAUGAGGGCAGCAUGCCGAAGACCGGCCUCCUGAUCACGCUCCUGUGCCUGAUCCUCCUGGAGGGCGACCGCGCCUCUGAGGAGGAAGUCUGGGAAGCGCUCAAUGGCAUGGGGGUGCGUGAUGGGCGGGAGCAUUCCAUCUUUGGGGAGCCCAGGGAGCUCAUCACCAAAAUUUGGGUGCAGGAAGAAUACCUGGAGUACCGGCUGGUGCCCAACAGCUGUCCUGCCCGCUACGAAUUCCUGUGGGGUCCCAGGGCCCACGCUGAAACCAGCAAGCCGAAGGUUCUAGAGUAUCUGCUCAGGGUCAAUAGGAAGAAUCCCAUUUCCUUCCUGUCCCUAUUUGGAGGGGUUGACAGCGAUGAGGAAGAGGGAGCCUGA